AUGAUGUUGUUGUUGUUUUUUUCAUCAUCAUCAUCAUCAUCAUCAUCAUCAUCAUCAUCAUCAUCAUCAUCAUCAUCAUCAUCAUCAUCAUCAUCAUCAUCAUCAUCAUCAUCAUCAUCAUCAUCAUCAUCAUCAUCAUCAUCAUCAUCAUCAUCAUCAUCAUCAUCAUCAUCAUCAUCAUCAUCAUCAUCAUCAUCAUCAUCAUCAUCAUCAUCAUCAUCAUCAUCAUCAUCAUCAUCAUCAUCAUCAUCAUCAUCAUCAUCAUCAUCAUCAUCAUCAUCAUCAUCAUCAUCAUCAUCAUCAUCAUCAUCAUCAUCAUCAUCAUCAUCAUCAUCAUCAUCAUCAUCAUCAUCAUCAUCAUCAUCAUCAUCAUCAUCUCCAUCACAAUUACAAUCAUUGUUGUUGUUGUUGUUUUGGUUGAAAUGUUCUAUUUGGUCAUGA